GAUAAAAUUGGAAGAAAAUAAAAUUAUAAAGUUUUGCAUUAAAAUAUGCGAAAAAGAGUUGAUUUAAGAUGAGAGAAAAUAAAGAAGUUACAAAAGUGGCAAAAGAAGAGCAUUCAAGUAAAAAGUGAUUCAAUUAAGUUUAGGGAUUUUGCGAAUGUAACAAAAAAAGGGUUGCAAAAAAGUUUUCUCUUCAGUUGUGAUAAAAAGAAUGAAACACAAAAAAUAGAAAUUCAUUGAAAUUCGUAGAAAAAUGCCUAGUAUAAAAGAAAUAACUCUUACCAUCGCAUGGAUCCUGCUCGGUACUGGUUUAUCCAAUACCACAGGCAACAGUUUAGAUCCGGCUCCGGGUCGCAGUCCCGGACCUCCUUCAGCCAAAAGCUCUCCGCCCAUCUUUACGGAUUUCGACGAUGAUGUCAGUCACGAGGUUGAGGCGGCUCGACGAAUGGCAACGACUCUCUUUCCGCCGCCAGCGACACCCACAAAACACAACGACAACGACGACGACGAAGAACAAAGGCAACAACAACAGGUACAUGCUGCCAAUAUGUUGCGAAUGAUGAUGAUGUCAACGACGAGCGAAACAAUGCGAGCGACGGAAAAGACAACAAAAGAAAGAGUCAUCGCUGUGGGCGAUACACCGAUUGUUACUUUACAGCAAAAUUUUCACCGGUCGUCGCCACUUUCGACGUCGACGUCGUUGUGUAAUAAAAGCGAACCAUCCUUCAUGAAAGCCGAUGACAAAAUUGUACGGAUCAGCAAUGACGAUGCUGACGAUGCCGUACAACUUGACGUCAUGCAUGACGUCUUUGAAACGAAUCCGACAACAACGAAUCUCGUCGCUGGAAUCGUGUACAAAGUUCAACUAGCACAACCAUCAUCCGCAAAAAAUAUCGAAAAUUUUUACGUAGAAUCUUUCGUAGAGAACCAAAUUCCGCGUGGCACGUUUUGGGAUGCCAUUACCGUAAUGGAUUCGCCGAAGCCAAAAUCCGAUACGCGAUUUUAUCGGUCAUCAGCUUCGUCGUCGUCGUCUCAUUUCGACGACGUGGAAUGGCUUGCGCCGCCCCCGCGUCGAAAAGUUGAUAAGAAUCUCAACAAGCUCGAGCAUCAGCUCAAACAAAAAUCGCCGUUGCCUAGCACCGAAGAGGAAAAUAUCAUUCACACGAAGUUACAUGAAACAACGAAUGUGGGAGACGAAGAAGAAGAGUCCUCUAUAAGAUUUAAAGUAGAUGAUGAUAAAAAUAAUAAUAACGAGGAUUGUGAUAAUAAUAAGAGGAAAAAUGUAUGGCGGCACGUGGAGAUGUUUGAAGCGGGAAAUGUUUUGAGCAGAAAUUGGUCCUUAUCUCUGCACGAAAUGGCACUUGAUACGCAGCAAUUUGAGCAGCAAGACGACAAGCAGCAACAAGAAGAUGUUGUCACUGUUUAUUUUAGACUUCUGUAUCGCCGCCUUGGUGAGCAACAAAUCGUCUACGAGCAGAUUUUCCGUCGACAGUUACAGAAAGAUUGUGUCGUCAAGCUGCGCGAUCUGAGUGGCGACGUGGAUCAAGCUGAUCUUCCGCAUCGUUAUCGACGAUGUUCCAUUGUCUUUCCAACGCUCUACCGUGAGGAGCAACGCGCCGAAACGCCACUUCCGGGCCUCUUGGUCCAAUUAACGCGCCUCAAUAUCCCGUGCGACAGUGAGAGUGCAAUCACGUUUAGUAGUAGCAAAAGCAGUAGUAGUGAAAGUGAUGCCGCGAAACGAAUUUGCGGCAAAUUAGAGGAAUACAGCCUCGACGAACGAACGUUCUACUUUAAAGUGCACACAAAUACGUCAAUCCAGUUACAUGGAAGUCCAUUUUUUCGUUUUAAUUACAAGCUAGUCGACUAUUGCUACAACGUAACAUUAAGUGAUAAGAAUAAUACAAUUUUUCUACAACCGCAACAAAUUAGCUUAGAGUGUAAUUUUAAAAUUCAUCUGCCCUAUGGCAAUCGCAUCUCGUUCAACUUAGUUACGAACAACAACAACAAAAACAGCAUUAACAAUCACAAAUCCGUGAUAACGCAGGAACGAAUCGAACUGAAUGACGAGCAACGCAUCCUGUGUCGCGAAAUGUCGAACCAAUGUACGCCGGGCGAACUUCGCAUCCAGAUUCUCGAUGCCGAGUACAAAGCUUGGUGCAAAUGCGUUAACGUCAAACAGCCACCGAAACUCUACGUCUUAAUAUCUAGUGAUAAUAUUUUAGCAAUACAUGUCGUUAAAGUAGGUAGUAAUAACGCACAAUUUGCCGCUGCAGCCCUUGUCGCUUCCGACGCGGAACCAUCUCUCUACAUUGAAUACAAUGCGAUGCCGAUCGAACCAAUCACAUCACCGAAAUGUGCCUUUGGAUGGGUGAAUGUCAACAACAAGUUUUGCGUGACGGCGAUGCAGCAACAGCCGCUCACGUGGGAACAAGCAGCAAACGAAUGUGAAGAAAAGGGCGCCAAACUAGCAGGAAUCCGUUCGGAAAGUGACCAAAGUGUCAUUGACAACAUCAUUCUCAAGAGUCCCGGAUACAAAGACAGUUCGGCUUAUUGGAUUGGCGCCACGGAUAAACAUUCCGAAGGUUAUUUUCGGUGGAUUGAUGGCCUUCCGCUGAACUUUAAAAAUUGGUUCCCUGGAUGGCAGCAACACAAUUAUUAUAAUCGUCAACCGAAUGACGAUGGACUUACCGGAGAGGAUUGCAUCGAGAUCCGAAGAUUGUUUCAUACGCCUCCUUCGGACAUCAAUUCUCCAAAUCCGCUGCUCAACACGUACAUGUGGAAUGAUCGCAAUUGUGAGGCGAAGAAUUUUUUUCUUUGUGAAAUGCCGAUCGCUGAUGAAACGAGUUCCAUGGACUGGAAAGACGAAUGUAACAAGACAAUUUUCUUGUCAAAAGAGCAUCCGAGAACAUCUGUAUGGAGUCCCGCUUUCCCGAAGCACUAUCCAGACAACUUUAACUGUUUGACCUUGAUAUUCGCGCCAACCGGAUAUCGGUUAGUCAUCGAUUUUGAAGAACUUGUCGUUGAAAAUGAACCAACUUGUGGUUACGAUUUCGUCGAAGUUUUUGAACCGCAUCCCAACAACUCGAUCUAUAUCAAAUCUCCGCUCGGUAAAAACGCUUAUGGACGUCUUUUUGGCAACAUUCGCCACAGCCGUUCCUACCUUCAAAACGAGUUUUUUCUUUCGCGAAGCUUUCUAAAAUUUGACGAUGAUGAAAAUGAAGCGAUCAAUAUGCAAUCUUACGCGAUGUCUCAUGCGGAACCCGCCCAGUUCAUCUUUCGCGGUAAACUGUCACGAAAAAUGUGCGGCGAUUGGAGUGCAAAACUAAAACUACUGCGAUAUGUGAGUCAAGGAACUGUCAUGGGCAUUCAUUUUGUCUCAGAUUACUCACAUCACUUCAGUGGCUAUAAGGCAAAAAUUACUAUGGAAAGUGGCAACGCAGAUUUCCGUGUGGCAUCGGAUUGCAUGGAUGAAAGGUUUAUUCCGUACAACGGAUCUUGCUUUCUGUUUGUCUUCUAUCCGGAAGUUGAUUGGUUGACGGCACAAAAUGCAUGUCGCGGCAUUGGAACGCAACUUGCCUCGAUAUCGUCGAAGGAGGAGGAGAAUUUUGUCGUGAAUGCCAUUCGGAAUAGCUUGGAUUUUUCGCCGCAAGCACUGUAUUGGGUAGGAGGCGAGCUGGCGGAGAACGGGAAGUUUGAAUGGGUCGAUGGAAGUGAAAUGAAGUUGAAGGGAAUCAUGUCGGCACAAAUACCGUCAAUUGAAUCAGAACAAAUUUGUUUGGGACUACAGACAAAAGCAUCAAUCGGAGCAGGGCUUCAUUGGACCUCAAAGGCAUGUAAUGCGAUAGGAGGUUACAUUUGCAAGCGAAAUGCGACAGCGAAUCACGAAAAAGUAGUUGAAAACAAGACCAUUAGUGAUAGUUACGGUCGUUUAACGUCGCCAGGAUAUCCAAAUCAAUAUCCGGUGAACACGGAUUACUGGGUGACAAUUUCCGGUCCAGCGAACAGCCGAAUAAUUUUGCAAUUUCAAAAAAUUGACAUUGAGACGCAAGAGGAGUGUUUAUACGAUUACAUUGGCUUGGGAAAUGUCGAUUCCGUGCUCCAUAGUUACGUGGUAGCUGGGACUUCGUCAACCAUGGGGAACAUAAGUGAAGCUGAUACGACAGCGACAAGUGCGGAAGACAUUGAUUCAUUGGCGAAUGAGUUCAAGCGCACGAAUAAGGAACGUGGCAAGACGUUAGAUAAUCGGCAGAAGCGAUAUUGGACUCCGAAACACGAAGAAACCUUGCAAACAACCGAAAAAAGUAGCAACGUAGCGAAUAGUAGACGACGAACGGCAACGAGCAACUACACCGUGACUGAAUUUUAUAAAGUAGAUAGUUUGAAAAUUCGUAAUUUCAAGCAUAGCGGCGUGCAAGGAACUUCAUCGACCAUCAAUUCAAACGAUGAAAAUACCGUGCUGAGGCUUUGUGGCGCCCACGAAGCUUCAUUCUCGAAAUACAAUUUCAUUUCGCGCAACAACGAGAUGCUGCUGCAUUUUCACAGUGAUUUUUCCAUCACAGCUUCGGGUUUCGCGCUGACCUGGAAUGCCGUUGAUACCGCGGGUUGUCCGUAUCAAACGUUGACAGCGCACGCCGGAUUCAUCAAUACGCCGAAUUAUCCGCAUUUUUUACUGAACAAUUUGGAUUGCACGUAUGUCAUACAGGCGCCGCAUGGCAAACGGGUGUUGAUAGAAUUCUCCGAAUAUGACGUGGUGUCGGGAGCUGAUGUGAAAAUUGACAUCGGAGAUGGACUUUUUAGGCCGUUUGCGCAAAAGAAGCAGCUGAAUGAUGGGGUUUUCGUGACGAAAGGCGAGAAAAUGGUCAUUCGGAUACAAACGGGAGAACAACCACGCGGAAAGGGAUUUCGAGUGAUCUAUAGAGCAACAAAUUCCGUUGUCGCACAAAAAGUCAUCGAUCUGCAAGACGACACAUUCGGGCGUUUGCAUUAUCUGAACUACCCGCAACCGAUUCCCGUCGAUGUCGACUACACCCAACACAUUAUCGCGCCGUUGGGAAAAAUAAUCCUGCUCGAAAUGCACGGCGUGGCAUUCAGUCGCGAAGGUUGUCGUUACGGCAGCAGCAUCGAAGUUUUCGACAAUUACGCCGACAACAACGGAACUUGGUGGGAAUUGUGCGAAAUUUCCGAAAUGCCUCAAAAUUCCGCCGAAGCCCCGUCUCUCAACGGACCCAUUCACAUCCGAUCGUAUCUCAACACUUUACAUAUCAGACAAAAGGUCAAAGGUCACAUUGGCGCGAAACUCAAUGCGACGCUCUACGUUCAAACGGACGACACGUACAAAGUGAAGCUACUUGAUGCGGAAGACGACAGCGUGGAAUCUUGCGUACCCAAUCCCUGUCUUUAUGGCGGCCGAUGCAUCACGAAUGGCGAAAAGCGGAAAUGUCAGUGCAAGGGACAUUUUGUGGGGAAAUUUUGCGCCUUGAAUUUUUGCGAAAUUGAGCCUUGCGUUUAUGGGCAGUGCGAAUUGACGCCGAACAGCUUCAAGUGUCACUGCCAGCCGGGGUUUAGUGGCGUGCAUUGUAACGUGAAACAAGAUCCGUGUGCCGAUAAUCCGUGCGAAAGUCGGGGAAAUUGUUCCGAGCACAAAGGAACGUUUCAUUGUCGAUGUCAUGCGUGGUGGGAAGGAAGACGAUGCGAGAAACGAAUGACAAUCCCGUUUAAACCGCUGUCGGAAAGAAUGCUUCAAGAGCCUUUUUGGUUGGGGCUGAUCACAGUUUUUGUCGUUCUUGGGGUUAUUGGGCUUGUGUGGUGUGCCAAACGACAUUUCCCAGAGAAAAUUGAGAAAUUAAUUGCUGAGGAGUCGGAAAGAAAUAGACCAACUCAUGGAUACCACAAUCACCCAUCGCUGCGGGAACAAUUACAUCUCACAUCGCUCACAGUUAACACAACGGCACCGCAAUCCGCAUCCGUUGCCAAUACGCCAGCGCAACAUCGCUCGAUUUUCGGUCGUUUGGGUAUAAGAAAACCAUCAAUCUUAAGCCUCAGCAGCCCACACACUCCGGGAGGCGCAACCGCUAGAACAUUUUCUCUAGACGAUCUUUUGCGGCCUCCUCCGCGACGUACUCCAUCGCCUCGCAAAAAACGAAAUAAUUCAACACCAUCCAAAAAGAGCGCAGUAGAUAAGAAGCAAAUUUUGCAGCAGCUUGUUUCGCCAGCGGCUUCCGGGAGGCCCAAGGUCAGUUUAGACGAGCUCAUCCAUUUAUCGGAACGCAUGAACCAUUUAGCAGAUGCGGAAAGUGAUCCCAACAUCAAAGAAACGACAUUUUCCGAAAGUAGUGCUUCAGCGCCCGCCGUUACCCUUUCGCGCCCCUUUUCCGAUCCAAAAUUAGAGAAAAAAGUGACAUUCGCGCGUCUCUUGAGCAAAGUUUCGCACGAAAUGAGCAGCGGCAGCGAGAUGGAUAUCCGAAAUCAUCAUCAGAAUCACGUCAACGCGAGUCUGCUGAGUAUCCGGAUGGAGCCGCCGCAACGUGCAAAUUCCGUGCCUCCAUCCCCAAGUGCCAAUGACAUCCGUUCGCCGCACAGCACGUCCUCGAAUCAGGGAAGUGCCUCACUUUCGAGCUCGGAAUUGGCACUGGCGGAUCUCGUGUACAAAGAUGUUCGUCCCAAGGGACGUUCAAAGACGACGAGUGCCGACAGCAUCUUGGCAAUGUUUAAAAAUUUCGCGGGAUCAAGUGCUGGCGUGAAUCUCCCGUCGUCAAUUAUUUUCUCGCCAUCGACGACGCCCGAUGAGACUUCUUAUAUUGAUCCGGGCGAUGAUGACACGUCAACGUCGGAAGCUCAUACGCCGAUUAGUUUCUCGAGUACGGCUCCGGAUUCGCCGAUUUUCUAUCGUCAGAGCGCGAUCGAGGUGCCUGUCAUGGAUAACGUGUCGGCGCACAAAGCGACGUCAAAUAGCUCGAAUUUGCUGUGUCCCCCGACAAUUUUGUUGGAAAUUCCGAAUAGUAUCAACAAAUGUCUUUCGCCGAUUCGGGAACUGCCGACUCCGAUGCCAAGUCCCGCAAUUACGCCAAUUAUGCCGCGAGCGCCUUCCCGCCCAAAGUCUCCGAUGGGUGAAGAGACGCUCAGUGUGUCAUUCAGCGACGAAGAUGAAGAUGGCAAAUGCAACGUCACCAUCGACAUAACCUCAAUCGAAAAUGACCAAACAUCAAGCAACGAUUUAAAUCCCUUCAAUUUCAACGCAAUCUCCCCAUACCAAUCGCCAACCACACAAACGCAAACCGACUCUGAAUACUUUGCACGAAGUCAGAAGCCCCAAAAACCCAAAUUGUCGGCGCUAAUUCCCGCAAUUUCAAUUUCCGCCGAAGCAGAUUUCGAAAAAGAUGUCAGUGUGCCCGCUGUGAGACCCACGAAUUUGAUCAUCCCGACGCUGAUGAUUCAGACACCAAGUCCAACGAUGGAACACAAAACGCCUCCGGUAUUAAAUACUCUUCCUGGCUCACCGCCUCCGCAAGAAACAAAUAAUUGCACGUCGACGUCGUCGGACUCAAAAAACUUUGUGUUUCCACCGAGCAAAGCACAGCAGAAAAAACUAUCCCAGCAUCAGAGUGAAACUAAUAAAAAAUCAGCUUCAUUAGAUUUCCCCUUUGUCCCACCAUUAAUCACAAUCACGACAAAUAACGACGAUACCACGACAACUGAGUCCGAUGCGGAUCUCAGCAGCACAGCAAAUACCUCUUCCAGUCACACGACAACCACGACAAGCAGUAAGCCAUCCAUAAUGCUGAGCGCCGACGGGCGUUGUGGCAAUCUCACUGCCGUUGUCGCGGGUCCCUCGUCGACGUCGCUUGCGGUGCCUGGAAGUGCGGGUAUGUGCUAUUUGAGCCCCUUUUCUAUGUGUACGCGCGGCGAUCGGGCGCCCUCCGAAAGUAACUUAAGCAGUAGCGGGUAUUCUAGUAUGGCUAGUCCGGGUCCUUCACGUUGUGGCUCAAGUAAUCCCCUGUUUCCAAGCGAAAUGGAUGACGCAGGAUCAGGUUCACCUGGUUCAGGCACGCACAGUAGUACACAAUCGUCCUCGACACGCAGACACAUACAUACAUCAAUCUUGAAAAAACCCCAAACUCAAGAGAAUAAUCAAAAAUCGGCAGCCGAUCGUGACCAAUUGUACCGUCGCUCCGACUCCGAAACGCUCUCCGACGACCCCCUAAUGGAGUCGAAUGACGAGGGCAUCGGCACGGAUCAUCUGGACGAGAAAAUCGAGGAAGGCAAGAUCAAGAGUGCCAAAGAACUGGAAAAUUACAUCAGCAGCACGGAAGCGCUGCUCGAAACGGAUAAAAAUGCAUUGUUGCCUGACGUGCCGAUUGUCGUCGAAGCACUGCCCCUUGCACAACUGCAACUUCCAUCGAUUGUCAUUCAAUCGGACUCCAUCGAUAAAGCCAUUUCGCCUGUUUCGUCACGCAGCGAGAGUCCCAUAAGUGAUCGAAAUGCCAUGGGAAAAUUCUCAUCUCUCUUCUUCGGAAAAACGGAUCAACAACUGCCAUUCACGGAUUCCGAUGGUUUAUACGAUUUCCCUUCGUCUGAUGGCAAAGGAGGUUCUGCAUCGCAUCAUCGUAAAAGCACUGGGCGUCGACGUGAACGUAAAAGUUCUCGAGCUGGUCUUCUUACAUCUCCAUCAAAAUCAACGGCACAUGUCAAACUAGAUCUAAAUGUAGUUCCGAUUGUUUCGGCAUCAGGCAGUGCUGGAAGCAGUCCUCCCGCAUUUACGCCAGCUUCAGCGCAUCCCCAUCACGUUACGAAAUCCCUCUCCAGUCUAAAUGUCACUCGAAAAAGCCCAAAAAGGAGAUAUCGAUGUCCCAUUGCCAGUAGUUCCUCCUCCGAGUCAUUGUCAUCCACGCUGAAAGAUACGAUGCAUCGCUCAACCAGAGCUUUGAGACUGCUUGCUCGAGAUCAAUCACGUAAGCUGUCACGAGACUCCGAUGAAGAUGUGGAAGAUGCCACUCCAUUGUCCGCCUCUGCGAAACUCAAGAAUAUUCCACACUGUACAGUAAAAUUCACAAAAGUCAAAACGACAGAUGAUGAUGAGAAUGAUGAUGAUGCAAAUUCUUUACGCGCUGCAAAACCACUGCAAGCGCCCACGAGUAAAAUUAGCCGUUUACGUGCCAUUGGACACCAAAUUAGAUUUCUUCGUAGACUCGAAAAAUCCAUUAAAACCCGCACCCAGUUCAUGGCUGUGGCGACUUCCGAUAGCGGACCUGAAAUAGACGACGACGAUUCAUCCUGCAACGAUUCGCCAAAGAUCACGUCGCCACUCAUCAAGCAAUCCAGCGGCGGCGGGGGAGGGGGAGGCACAGCUGCAACUCCGCAAGGCAACAAUCAAAAGCAUAACGUGUUGAUACGGCAAAAAGCUAGUUAUAGAAAUUCUGUAGAUAUUUAA